AUGCCACCGCGUGCGUCGUCUGCGGAACCCGCAGCCAAGUCCUCAAAAAGAAAGGGCACCCGAAGCGUGUCCACCCUCACGCCGUCGCAGCUGGCCCGCAAGAGGGCCAACGACCGCGAGGCCCAGCGUGCCAUCCGCGCCCGCACAAAGGAGCACAUUGAGCGCCUCGAGCGCGAGCUCGACGAGCUCCGCAGCCACCAGAGCCGUGACCGCACGGUCCAGGACCUCCUCCGACGGAACAAGGCUCUCGAGGACGAGCUGCGUCGCUUGAAGGAGAACAUGGGCACCGUGUCCAUGAACUCGUCGCCGUACUCGGCCCCCGCAGGUACGACACUCCUCGCCACGGGCCUGGACGCCGACUCCCUCCACCACAAGCACCAGCACCAUCACGCCGGCCUCCUGUCCCAGAGCCUCGCCCGGCUAACUCCCAGCCCUUCAGUGUUCGACGACAACCUCAGCACAACGAGCGGCGGCGCCCCGCCCAUCCCCAGCCCGCAGAUGUCGCCGCUGCCCUCGGCCGCCGACUACGCGCCCCUGCCCGAGUUCGGCCAGCAGCAGCAGCACCAGCAUCAACAGCAGCACCAGCAGCACCAGUACGUGGGCAUGCCCAACAGCUGCGAGACGUGGGCCGCCACCAUCCCCAGCACCGCCGCGGGCAUGCCACCCAGCGUCCCGAGCCCGUCGCCGUCCAUCGCCGACGAGUACGGCGCCUCGGCCGCCUACAUCCCCACGAGCGUGCCCGCGUCCAUGAUGCCCUCCAACAAGGACGUCAAGCUCGAGUUUGACAACAUGCAGUCCAUGGGCCAGGGCUACAUGCACCACGAGCAUCCCCACCACCAGCCCCAGCAGCGCAACGCCGCCUGGAACGUGUACCCCAUGUACUAUGACGGCGCGCAGCAGGCCGUGGGCGUUUCGCGAUGA